CGAGGCGAACUGCCACAGAGCAAUUAAGGAGAGUGACGCUGCUGCUGCUGCUGCUGCUGCGCUCAGCGUGGUGGGCAUGUGCUGCAUGUGUUGCAUGUGAGUCAGAAGAGACGGAUCUGAAUGCGCAGGUUUGCAGAAGAAGGACAGAGUGAAAACGGAACAAGACCACUCCACACACCAUGAAGAGAGGGGACUCUAGUAAUCAGAGUCUGGAUGAGGUCGGGGCUCUGCGCUGCAUGUCUGGCAGUAAUUAUGGCAGCAAAGGGAAGAGGAUUAAGCUACUAUCCCAUCCAGGGGUCCCAUUAGUGGGAUUGAUGUUGUUGGCCAUCCUCCCUUUUGGAGCAAGCAUCAAACAAACUGUCCCCAGGGUCAAACUCAGCCACAGAGAACUGCUGCAAGCCGGCAGCGUGUCUGUGUUUAUGGGCCCCUCCGAUGGCCUCCACUCCCACUCGCUGCUGCUGGAUGAGGAGAGAGGGCGUCUUCUGUUGGGAGCCAGGGAUCACAUCUACCUGUUUGACCCUGACAAUCUGGCCAGAACCCCCAGAAAGAUUCACUGGCCUGCUCCCCGGGACCGAGUCGAUAUGUGCAAACUGGCAGGCAAAAAUGCAAAUUUGGAGUGCGCUAACUUUGUCAGGGUCCUCCACAACUACAAUCGAACCCACGUCUACGCCUGUGGGACGGGAUCUUUCCACCCCAGCUGUGCUUUCAUUGAAGUCACUGGCCACAGAGAGGAUGGUGUGUUUCACCUGCUGUCUAGCACGGUGGAGUCUGGCAGGUUGAAAUGUCCUUUUGAUCCGUUGCAGCCGUUCACCUCAGUCCUCACAGAUCAGUAUCUUUAUGCGGGCACAUCGUCAGACUUCCUGGGCAAAGACACAACGUUCACGCGCUCCCUCGGCCCUCCGCCUGACCAGCACUACAUACGCACGGACAUGUCUGAAGAGUACUGGAUCAACGAGGCCAGGUUUAUAUCUGCUCAUCCCAUUGCAGACACCUACAAUCCAGAUGAUGAUAAGAUAUACUUUUUCUUCCGCGAGGUGUCUUGGGAAGGCAACGACAAGAGCAUCCUGUCUCGAGUGGCUCGUGUGUGCAAGAAUGAUGUGGGUGGGCUGAGGAGUCUGACCAAUAAAUGGACCACCUUCCUCAAAACCAGACUGGUGUGUUCGAUCCCCGGACCGGACGGAGUGGACACACACUUCGAUGAGCUCCAGGACAUCUUUCUGCUCCCUACCAGAGAUGACAAAAACCCCAAAGUGUAUGCAGUCUUCACCACCUCCAGCUCCAUUUUCCGUGGCUCAGCAGUGUGUGUGUACAGCAUGACGGACAUAAGGGCCGCGUUUAACGGACCGUACGCCCACAAGGAGGGGCCCGACCAUCGAUGGGUAGAAUACGAGGGGAGGAUACCGUAUCCCCGUCCUGGAACGUGUCCCAGCAAGACAUAUGAUCCAAGGAUCAAGACCACCAAAGACUUCCCAGACGAGGUGGUCAGUUUCAUUCGGUUCCACCCUCUCAUGUAUCGCUCGGUCUACCCUCUGACUGGCCGACCCGUGUUCACACGCGUCCGAGUGGACUACACCCUGACUAAGGUUGUGGUGGACAGAGUUUUGGCGGAAGACGGACAAUAUGAGGUCAUGUUUCUGGGAACAGACGUCGGCUCGAUCCUGAAGGUGGUGAGCAUCACUCAGGAGAAUUGGUCAACAGAGGAAGUGGUGCUUGAAGAACUUCAAGUUUUCCAGGUUCCCACUCCUAUCCUCAGUAUGGAGAUGUCUUCUAAACAGCAACAGCUCUUCGUGGGUUCAAGUGAAGGGCUAGCCCAGGUUUCACUCAGUAGAUGUCACCUGUAUGGCCAAGCCUGUGCUGAAUGCUGCCUGGCACGAGACCCCUACUGCGCCUGGGACGGACACACGUGCUCACGAUACAUCCCUGCAUCCAAGAGGCGAGCCAGAAGACAGGACAUCAAGCAUGGAGACCCAGCAAGUCAGUGCUGGGACACAGAAGAUAGUCUUGUUGGGGGACGGGUAGAGGAGAGGAUCCUCUAUGGGGUGCAGAGCAACUCCACCUUCCUUGAGUGUAUUCCCAAAUCUCAACAGGCCCAAAUCCGGUGGUACAUACAGAGACCUGGAUCCGAACGCAGGGAGGAGGUCAGGCUGGACGAUCGUGUCGUACACACAGAUCGAGGUCUCCUUAUUCGCUCCCUCCAAACCUCCGACGCCGGCGUGUACAUCUGCGUAGCUCAAGAGCACACACACUUCACCCACACUCUCCUCCGUCUCACGCUACAACUCGUCACACACGGACAACUGGAUGGGAAGCCCAAGCCCGGCGAAGACCCCGCGGUGGAGCUACGCAACGGCGUGGAGUCCCGCCAGCGCUACAAAGACUACCUGAGAGUGAUGAGCUCUCCCUUUGGCUCUCUGGAGGAGUACUGCGAUUCACUGUGGCAGGAGAAGAGGCCGUCGAGGGUCCGAGGACGAGGGUUAGGAGCUGGCAAAUGGAAACAUAUGCAGGAAAUGAAGAAGAGCAGGAACAGGAGACAACACAGGGAGAGGGAGGAAGAGGGGGACAAACAGGAGCGAGGGAGGGUGGUGAGGACAGCAGAGCAGUGAGGGAUGUGGUAAAAAAAAAAAAAAACAUUCAGCGUUAGCUGUCUAUAUUCGCCUGGUUGGAUGAUGAAGCAGAACGUGACACAGAACUGCGAAAUUGCAAUGACAGAAUAAUCCCUGAGCAAGCAAAAUGUAACUCAGAGAUAAUGGGGCGUGAAAGUAUUAUUUCAACGAGCAAUUUUAAGCAGUAUUGGGUUGUGAAUACGUCAUUUCAUUCAUCUGCCAGCAUUCUGUUCGCAGAUAACAUGCUUUUAAAAAAACACUGAAUAACAAUGAUUAUUGCAAUGUGUCGUCCAUCAACUUCUAUUUUCAGCGACUGGAGAUGAGCUGACCAGAUUCCCCCAACUGACGGUUAAUAGAGGUGAUCAUUUGAUGAUAUUGAAACAUAGUUGAAUUGGUGAAAAUAUAAAAACAGUUUGCUUGUGGUGAUGACAAUGCAUUCAUGUUGAAUGACUGUAAAUAUUUAUAUACCGUGUACAGGAGAUCCAGCAUGUUCAGUGUAGUCUCAUUGGUGAUCUGUAUAACUAUAAUGAUAAUCAUGUAUUGUUUGGGCCGACAAAAUGACAUAUUUUUGUAUAAAACGUUUCACUCCUAUAUGCUGUAGGUUAAAUAGAUGUUUUCUUUAUUGCUGUUUUUGAAAGUUAUUUAAAUAAAUGUGUUUCGGAGCCUCUGUGCCCUGAA